CAAUCGACAUAGAGUUUUUCGAAAAUCAUUUAGUUACGAGAUAUAUGAAUGGAAUUGAUAUAAAGGUAGACCGACAUUAAACAAAAUACACUCUUUCGCAUUAUUUAACUUCUUCAAUCGACUCGUGGAAUAAUCUGCUCAGAAUGCCUGUUUGUGUUUGUAAUAAAUUGUGUGCAUUGACAUGUAUUGUAGCAGUAAUUGCGUUGUAUCACUUUACAACAAUAUUUGUUUGGACAGUAACAACUGGAUUUAUGGCUUUGUUCUUGUUUAUAGUAAUUCAUGAGGAGCACAGUGAGCAUUCUUUAAAAGAUGGAAUAAAUUUGUCAUUGAUUGCUGUAGUUGUUGCAGCCUCAUAUGCAUCAGUUUUACAUAAUACACUUACUUCAAAUGAAUGUUGUGACGAUAAUUGGAUCUCUCCAAAUAUAAGUGGCCUUGAAUUCCAACUUAACAAAACGUUGUACGGUCAACAUCUCGUGAUUGGUCCUUUGGUGAAACAUCUAAGAGGUCACGUUGAAGGUGAACAUAAAAGAGCAACAGUGCUUUCAUUUCAUGGUUUGCCUGGAACCGGGAAAAACUUCGUGAGUCGCAUGGUGGCAGAAAACAUGUAUGUCAGGGGAAUGGACAGCAAAUACGUUCAUUUUCUUUCAGCAACGAAAGAUUUUCCUCAUGAUAAUAUGCUAGAAGAAUACAAGAAGAUGCUGAAAAUGAAGAUGGAAAGAGCUGUUAAAGAAUGUUCAAGGUCACUUUUUAUCAUUGAUGAAAUGGAUAAAUUACCUCCUGGUUUGAUUGACACUAUCCGCCCUUACGUUGAUUACUACGACCACGAGGAAGGAACAUACUUUAAUAAAUUUCUAUUUCUCUUCCUAAGUAAGACGGGUGGAGACAGCCUUUUUAAACAUGUUGCGCAAAGUUAUACUCGUGGAUAUGAUAGAAGAGAAUUGAGACUAAAUGAUAUGGAAGAAAUUGUACGAAUGUCAUCUUUAAAUGAACCAAAUGGUUUGGUGAAAAGUAAAAUAGUCAAGUAUAGCCUAAUUACCGCUUAUAUCCCAUUUCUACCAUUGGAAAGAAAACAUGUGGAAAAAUGCAUUAUAGAAGGACUAUUUGCAAGAGGAUUUUAUGCGUAUGAAUACAAAGUAGAUUAUAAAUUAGUGAAAUCAAUUGCAGAUGAAAUGCUGUACUUUCCACAUUCUAAUAAGUUUUUUUCAACAACUGGUUGCAAACUUGUUAUGGAGAAAAUUGAUUUGGUAAUGUUGAAAAGGCGUAAAAUUUGAUAUUUACGUGUUAUUGUUUUGUUAAAUUUAUUUUAAACAUAUAUCAUUUCUCAGAAGAUCUAUCUAUCUAUC